GCCGAACUAACAGACCAGGUUUUUCGACUCCUAUUCCAAGCCAUUUGCGCGCCAGUCCUCGAACCCCCGAGUCCCGAAAAGCAGACAGCCCAGGUCCUUAGUUUCGCUGUAUGGGCAGACGAGAAUAUCUUCAUGCGCAACCGAGCAAAGUCGUCCGCACAGCAGCGGGGAGCGACUCAUACCUCCAGCAACUUCGAUCCCACGGCCGUCGACUUUAAGAGCAGAAGCACCGACAGCGUCAACACAUACACACAAGCGGCCGCCACGGCGCCAGCGACGCCGAGCGGCAAUGGGCUUGUCCGCCGUCUGCCUCAGCUCCAACAACAACAUCAAAUACCAGGGGCGCCGCCUCCUCCUCCUCCUCCUCCGCCGCCGCCGCCGCCCUACCAUCUCCUCGACCAUCACCAUCCUAAUACCAUCGAAGCCAACAGCGCCAAUGUUCACAGCGCCAACAAUGUCCCCAAUCCAACAACACCCAAACCAACAGCAGCAACGUCCACGGCGAUGGGAGCAGCGACACCGAUGACCGAUACAAAUCACAACAGUAAUAAACCUCCGAAUAAUACCGCCUCAGCAACCAACAAGACCAUGACAGCCCACUCGUCACUCCUACAACCCCGCGUCGCCGUCGCCCUAGGCGUGCCCAAGAAGUGGCACUUCUUCCUCUGGCUCUGUCGCCAAUCCUCCACCUUUCCUGCCAUCUGGUGGGGCCUUCCGAGCGCGCUCCGGCUGCUGGCCAUGCUUCACCUGAUUAUUUUCGGCGGCAGUCCAACGACAUGGCAACAUAUUUUCGCCCGGGUAGUAGCAGCAGGUGUGGGUAGGAGUGGUGGUGGUGGUGGUGGUGGUGCAACAUCAACAGGAGCAGGCGGAGGAGGAGACAUGAUGGGCUGCGCGAGCGGUAUCGGUAGUGACGGUGGUGCCAUGAUGAUGGGGAGUCCGGAUUUCUUGUCGUCUGGUACUGGUGCUGGUGCUACCAGGAGUAGUACUACAUCUGGGGGAACCGCCAACGAGAACUAUAACUACAGUCCGGUAGCUUCUGCGACAGGUUUCGCCGACCUCUCAUUUGAGGCGAGGCUGCGGUUGACGGAAACGUUGCUGGCUAUCGUAUGGAUAGCCUUAUGUCGCGAUGGUGAGCACAUACCUCUUCUCCCCAAACCUUCAGCCACCCCCGUAACUAACUCCUCUACCAGGCUCGUAAACUACACUCCCCAAGCGACCAUCGUCCGGCUCCUGACCAUAACUACACUGAACGCCUACCUGACGUCGCAAAUACUUUACCUGACGGCCGGCUCGCAAGACCCCCGACUGCUCUUGCCGGCAUGGCGGAAGAUCAACAUCCGAAAGGAGACGAGCGUGUCGAUCCGGGCUUUUUCGGUGGCCAGCUUCAUCAGCAUGGUGGCGUUGCUGGCGCAGGUGCAUUCGAACCGGACCGACUAUCCACAAAUCCCCUUGUGGACCUUGGUCACCAAGGCUUGGCAGGAGGUAGUGAAAGUUGCUUUCAAGAUCAUGGAUUACGGGACUGUUGCUAGGGACUACUAG